AUGGAUGUAUAUGGUUAUCCGUACCCUGCUCAGUUUUCUCAGAUGUUACCACCUAAACGAGAAUAUGCCAAUCAGGGAGACGGAUUAAGGGAAUAUGAAGUGGGAACAUCGAAAGAAGUUCGAGACUUAACACGGAAGCUAGUUUUAUUUGAAUACUAUGGCUAUUGCUCUAUAGGGAAUAGAAGUGGAAGAUGCAGAGAUCAAUAUUAUUAUCUCGUGAAUUACCAAACCGCUCAAAGCAACGAACGUACAAAACUGGAGACACCAUGCGUUCUCGGUCUCAAAGCCAAACCGCUUCCAGCUCACGCUCGCGUACCCAUUCGCGUUCGAGGUCAAGAUCACGGUCCCGAUCUCGGUCUCAAAGUCACAACCACAGCCGGACUUCCAGUCGACAGCGAGAAUUGA